AUGAAAUCCGUUCAGAUCCUCGGAGACAUGUCCUCUCCAAAGCUCACAAUCAACUUUUCCAUGGACAAACCCGCACCUGUCAAGUCUGAAAUUCUGGUCCGUGUUCACGCUGCUGGAGUCACAGGCGAUGAAAUCAUGUGGCCCGAAACCUAUCGACGGCCAACCCGCAUUCCCGGCCACGACAUUUCCGGCGUCAUCAGCGCUUUUGGCCCAGACUACUCUGGCCCCCUAAAAAUCGGCCAAGAAGUUUUUGCGUUUCUGUCGGCGCACACAGGUGAAGGGCAGGCAGAUUACGCUGUCUGUGCUCCCGAAGAGGUUGCUCUGAAGCCAGCGUCGCUUUCGCACGCUGAAGCUGCUGCGCUGCCGAUUCCAGCCCUGACAGCGUGGGAGGUUCUAGACUAUGCCGAUAUUCACACUGGAACUAGAGUUCUUGUUACGGGCGCGUCGGGGGCUGUUGGGCAGCAGUUUGUGCAGCUUAUUAAGCACUUGACGGGUGCUCAUGUGAUUGCGCUGGCAUCUGAGACGAAUAAGCAUUUACUGUGCGACGUACCUGAUGAAAUCGUCGACUACAAGACCCCAAACUGGGAGAAGUCGGUGAAGGGCGUUGAUGUUGUUUUUGAUACGGUAGGCGGGGAGGUUUUGGCCAAGACGUGGGAAACGGUCAAAUCUGAUGGCAUGAUCAUCACGAUUGGCGAUCCUGCACCAUCUUGGGCUUUUGGUGGUGAUGAACCCUCCGAGUCCUUGUCCCUACCUGGCGUGAAGUACAAGUACUUUAUUGUCUCGCCGAAUGCGGAGCGUCUGGGACAGGUGGCGAAGUUGUAUGAUGAGGGAGUGCUUAAGCCACUAGCCGUGAAGACGUUUCCGUUUGAGCAGGCUGUUAAAGCUUGGGAGGAUGCUAGGCAGCGCGGAAAGGGAUACAAGGUCGCGAUUGAGUUUUAA